AUGAUAUCUGAUUAUGAUGCUCUAUUAAAAUUUAAAAGAAAGGCCGUUACUGGCGAAAUGAUUCAAUUUCUUUCUAAUUGUGCUGCUUCUGCAAUUCAAAUAAGACCUACAAGUGAUUCAAAUUUAACGAAUGAAAGUAUUUCAAAUAUACCGCCUCUGUAUACCUUUAUUAAAAAUUUAGUGGCACAUUCAAAUGUUCAAACACCAACUCUAAUGACAACGGUCGUCUACCUUAAAAAACUGAAAGCAAUUAUUCCUUCUAACGUUUAUGGUAUUGAGACUACGAGACAUAGAAUGUUUUUAGGAUGUUUGAUUAUUGCAGCAAAGACAUUAAAUGACUCUUCCCCAUUAAAUAAACACUGGGCAAAAUAUACAAACGGUCUACUUCAGUUACGUGAGGUUAAUACCAUUGAAAGAGAAAUAUUAACUUAUUUUAAAUGGGAUUUGCAAAUUACAGUCAACGAUUUACUUACCUGCUUGGCUCCAUUUAUUAAGCAAGUCAAAGAUGAUGAGAAGAGACAAAAGAAUCAAAAUUUCUUAUUAUUCAAUUCUCCUACACCUGGCCAAUUAAGAGAAUGCAUUAAUUCGAAAUUUAGUUUAUCAUCGAAUGCUAAUAUUUCUCCAUAUUCAAAAUCACAUUCUCGUUCUUCAUCCAGUAUUUCGAUUCCUUCAGUAGUGUCUUCUAUAACAACGCCAAAAUCUUCCAUUUUUGAUUCGCCAACUAAAAUAAGAAGGCCAAUCAGUGAAAACAGUUUGGCAGGGGAUGUAUCUUAUCCAGAAUCAAUUGCUGAACUUUCUGAAACCCAAGAAUCGUCACAAAAUAAAUAUAUUACUACCUUGAAAAACAGAACACAACCUCAAAAUAAUCAAAGAUCAUGUAAUGGUCAAUUACCACCAUCUCCUAAUGACAUUUAUACAAAUACUGCCUCAAAGUUGAAUUCAAAUCCAUAUCAACAACAUUUUAACAAUGCUUCUAUAGGCAAUUCUAGCAUUCAAGUAAAAAUAUCAACUUUAUCUGAAAAUAAUUCAAAUUCAAUUCUUGUACACCAUGAUAUCAAGAAAGCUCAUAACAAAAAAUCUAGUUGGCACUCUUUCUUCAAGUAUUAG